AUGGCUGGUGGAAUGUCGUUGAGAUCAACCUCCGCGGAGUUUACAAUGCUGUCCAAAAACCCACGGACGUUCUGUAAUCGUGACUUUAUGUGCUGCCAACGUUCGAAUCCCCUUUGCCAGCGAUUAUUGCAUCUCCAAGCAUGCGCUAGUACGACUAGUGGAAUACAUCGUUCUUGUGUCAAGGCUUUUAUGUUCCAUCCUGGCGUCAUUCCGACGCGGAUAGGCAUAGAGUCCUUGGUGCCACUUCCCCUUGUCGAUACCGUUGCCCUUGCCGCGGCAAGCACGCUGCACUUCACGACCGGGAAGACCGAUUGGCUGACUGGGAGAGAGAAAAUGGAAGACGAAGAUAGUAGAGCAGAUAGUAGAGCAGAACAUCCUUGUGAGCAAGCUGUCUCUUCCGCAGUAGGCAGAGUGCACCCGCAAACACGAAGUGUUCCUCCUUGUAUUUUGACAAUUUGUCGAAGUGGCACGCUUGUCCAUUACGACCCGUACUUCACCUUUCCUCUGGAUUUACAGCAGACGGUGUGCUCUUACGGAAAGCAAUCCUGA